AUGUCUUCAAAUAACCCUAAUAUUUCAGAACCACCAAAGAAAUUUAUCAAAUCACCAUCUGAUCUAACAACUUUGAAAAAUGAUCCAGAUUUCCAUCCAAUUGUUUGGAUUGAUUGUGAAAGUGGGUUAACUAAAAAAGUUGUUGAAUCAGAACAAACUUUAAAACAAGUUGAACAAGAACUUUAUGAUUAUAUUCUCAAGUAUACAAAUCCUAAAACUGCAGUAUUAGCAGGUAAUUCAGUUCAUAUGGAUCGUGCAUUCAUGAUGAGAGAAAUGCCAAAAGUUUUAGAUCAUUUACAUUAUAGAAUUAUUGAUGUCUCAACAUUAACUGAGAUUAGUCGUCGUCAUAAUAAAACCUUGUUAAAUAAAUUACCACCUAAAAAGGGUGCUCAUACCGCUAGAGCAGAUAUAUUGGAAUCUAUUGAACAAUUGAAAUGGUAUCAAGAUAAUUAUUUGAAAUCGCCUGAAGAUGAAAAAUGA